UAUACGUCAGUCGCUAAGUUUUUGUUUAAUGUUUAUUUUCCAUAGCGAUAAUUUUAACAAUAUAGCACCAAGCGUUAUAUUUAAUUGUGUCAGAAAUUUGAUUUUAGUUCUGAAAUUUGUAUGAUUUAUGACGUAGUAAAUGCAUGCAUUAGAUUACUUUCUAGGAUAAUCACAAAAUGUCUCACACUGGUUCAACUGCCAGUUCUGUGAAACGGCAUGUUGGUAAUUCUUUGUCUCAGUGGUCUGAGCAUGGAGAUAUGCCAAGUGAUGUAUCACAACAUUCUCUGUCAUCCCAUCAUCACCACCAUCACAGCUAUGAUACAGAAUGGGAUGCCAAGGAAGAGUUGCGAUUGCGAGAGUUAGAAGAAGCUCGUGCAAGAGCAGCUCAGAUGGAAAAAACAAUGAGAUGGUGGUCUGAUUGCACUGCAAAUUGGCGUGAGAAAUGGAGUAAAGUAAGAACAGAACGAAAUAAAGCUCGGGAGGAAUCUCGUGUCCUUAGGGGUAAACUUGAAGUUACAGCUAAGGAAUGUAACACGUUAAAAAGAGAAAAACAAGAACUGUAUUUACAAAUUGAGAGACUUAAGAAAGAAAAUCAGCUUUUCAGUGGCAAACAGGAUUAUAUAGAUGAUAAGAAAGAUGAUUUGCUGUUGUAUUCAGGUGUACAAAUAACAGAGAGAGUUGCUGCUGAAAGAGAUGUUGGCCCUGGUGAUAAAAUUCCAGAUUCCAAUGAAUCUCUGCUUAAUGAACCUUCAUCUAAAUCAUUUAAUCAGGACAAUGUAGAUGAAGAGAAUACUGAAGUUUCAUCAACAAUAGUUGAGAUUUCUGAACCAUCGCAAACCACAAAUCAGGACUUGCAGUUUUUAGAUAAAUUGCUUCAGAGAGAUUGUAAAGAAUCCAUAACCAUUAGCACUAUACCAACGGUAAAUGAAAAAAAGUGUUCCCGAUUAUCUCAUCGGGGUAUAGAAGAUUUUAAUGUUCCUGUACAGGAAUUAACUGAACAAAAAUUAGCUAUGUUACAGCUAAGAUUAGAUGAAGCUACAAAAACAAUUAUAGCAGAAAGACAAGAAAAGAAUAAAUUAAUGAAAAGUAUAGAAAAAUUACAAACUGAAUACAAUCAGAUUCGAAUGAAGUAUGAUGACUUGAAGAAGUCAAAACAAGAUACAUUAAAAGAAUUGAGUCAAAUUAAAGCAGAACAUCAGGAUGAAAUUGAUAAUAUGAGGUUAGAUUUAGAAGAUGAAGCCAAUAAUCGCACUACCCUUGACCAAAGACUUGCUGAAUUACGAACUGAGUUGGAGAGACUUCAGGGUGAAAAUGCUGCUGAGUGGGGUAGAAGAGAGCGCUUGGAGACAGAAAAACUGGCUCUAGAAAGAGAGAAUAAGAAGUUGCGCACUCAGAUUGAGGAUUUAGAUGAGAGGUUAGAGAGGAAAACAAAACAGAUGACAAUAGCAUCAGACUCAGAUGUUAAAGCUCUUCAAGUGGAACUGCAUGAAAAAAAUAAAGAAUUAGCUGAUUUGAAACAUGCCCAUACAAAACUCAAGAAAGUGUUGCAGGAUAAAUCUACUGAAUUGGCACAUGCGUUACGUCGUUCAGAACAGUAUGAAGCAGAAGUAAAAAAACUCAGAGGGAGGAUAGAAGAACUGAAAAAGGAGUUGGCUUCUGCUGAAGAUGAGGUCGAUAGUGCCACAAAUAAUAUUAGAAAACUUCAAAGAACAAAUGAUGAAUUACAGGAGCAAAUCGAAAGCUUGCAAGUGCAAGUGGAACAUUUGCAAACUAGCAAAGGAAAAGACCCAUCUGCCAUACCUAUGACUGAGGAACUCGGCAAGCCAUGCACUAUUGACUCGCCAUGCUAGCAGCAGCUUUGUCCAAGCUGAUCCAAUGAGUGAAGAUGAUAAUUUAGAUUUCUGAUCUCUACUAUAGCUUUUUUUUGUGAUAUUUUUUAUUAUAUAUAUAUACUUACAAUUUUUGAU